AUGGAAGGCAAUCUGCCGCAACAGCAGUGCCACCCUGUAACCACGGCCAUCGAGAAAGAUGACCUCGUGAUUCCAAUCAUCGACUUCGGGCCCUUCCUGCACGGGACCCCCGCCGACAAACAUGAAGUCGCCAUGUCCGUCGUGCACGCCUUCAAGACCUCCGGGUUCCUCUAUCUCAGCAAUCACGGCGUCCCACCAUCCGUGGUUAGCCAUGUCUUUGGCACCUCCGCCCGGUUCUUCGCGCGGCCCCAGGAUCAGAAAGACAGCCUGUGCUGGACGACCCCACAAGCGAACCGUGGGUACGUGAAGACGGGCCAAGAGAAGCUCAGCACCGUGGAAGAUGUCGACGAUGACGUCGCCGCCGCUGCGGCCGAGUCGCGCAGCAUCCCCGACCUCAAAGAGACGAUGGAGAUCGGCCGGGAAGGCGUGGAGGGGCUCCCGAAUCGCUGGCCCGAGCAUCUCGACGCCGCGGGGAAGGAGUUCAAGGCGGUGAUGCUGUCGUUCUUCGAGAUGUGCAAGGCGCUGCACACCGAGGUCAUGCGGGCCAUCGCGCUGGGCAUGCACCUGCCGGAGCACUACUUCGACCCGUACGUCGACGCCGGCGACAACAACCUCCGCCUGCUGCACUACCCGGCCGUCGACAAGCGCGUCUUCCGCCACAACCCCCUGCAAGUCCGCGCCGGCGAGCACAGCGACUACGGGUCCAUCACCCUGCUCUUCCAGGACGGCCGCGGCGGCCUCCAGGUCCGCAGCCCCCGCGGCACCUUCGUCGACGCCACCCCCAUCGCCGAUACCGUGGUCGUCAACGCGGGUGACUUGCUCGCGCGGUGGUCGAAUGACACGAUCAAGAGCACGAGGCAUCGCGUCGUCGAGCCUCCCAAGGUCGUCGACGAGGACGAGAAGGAUGCCGACGAGGACGGCUCCGGGGUGUAUCCGGAUCGUUACAGCAUUGCGUACUUCUGUAAUCCCAAUAAUGACCAGAUGAUCGAAGCCAUCCCCGGAACCUACGGGGAGGAUAUCCGCCCGCUCAAGUACCCUGGAAUCACCGCUGGAGACUACCUCGUGCAGCGACUGACCGCAACCUACUAA